AUGGCCGAUGAAUGGCACUGCCGCUAUUGCUCGGCUAUGAUUCGACGCGCAUGGUUUGCCAGCGGCUUGGCCUUGGGGGAUCAGGGAGGGAGGAUGAUGGGUGGGGAGAGGCGGUGCGCGCAUUGUCUGCACAUGCCCAUCAAGGGCUCUUUAUCUCCUUCGCUUGUCCUACUCGGCACGGCAAGGCCUGUUCCCCCAGGUAUACUUGCAUUCAUGUACAUGUACCGUACAUACUUGUACAGGCACCAGUGCACGGUUAGGCGCUGGGGAUCGUUAAUCACUCCAACGAGUGCAAAGCUCCACCCGACAGGGAAGGAUAUGCUUUGGUGCGCGGCAUGA